AUGACAUUUUGCUACUUUUUUAAGAACCAAAUCUUCAUGGAUACUCUAUCUCGUUUUCACCAUCUUAAUCCUUAUUCUCAUCAAAACCCUAAAAAAAAUCACACGCUGCCUAAAACCUUUUCACCCCCUUCAAUUUCUCUUCCAAUUUCAGAUACCCAUUUUUCCCCUUCUUCUCCUAUUCAAUUUUCAUCGCAAAAAAAAUCUCCUUUUUUUCACCCUUUUGAUGAAUUCAAUGAGUUAAGAACUUUGAAGUCUGUCAAGGAAAUGCAUGCCCAGAUGGUUAAAAACCCUAAAAAUGUUAACUUUACUACAAUGGAUGGAACCAUGACGAGAAACUAUUUGGAGUUCGGUGAUUUUGUAUCAGCAAUAAAAGUGUUCUUUGCGGGUUUUGAAAGGAAUUAUCUUCUCUGGAAUUCUUUUAUGGAAAAAUUUGAAAGUUUUGGAGGUGACCCGUUUGAGAUUCUGGUGGUUUUCAAUGAAUUGCAUAGUAAAGGUGUGGAAUUUGAUAGUAAAGCUUUCACCUUUGUUCUGAAAAUUUGCUUGGCUUUAAGGGAAUUGUGUGUUGGUUUGGAAAUUCAUGCGUGUUUAAUCAAGAAAGGGUUUCAUGAUGAUAUACACUUGUAUUGUGCAUUGAUCAAUUUCUAUGAGAAAUGUUGGAGUAUAGAUAAGGCAAAUCAAGUAUUUCAUGAGACUCCAUAUCAAGAAGAUUUUUUGUGGAAUACAAUAAUUAUGGCAAAUUUGAGGAGUGAGAAAUGGAAGAAUGCCUUUGAAUUGUUUGGUAACAUGCAGAGAGUUUCUGCAAAAGCCACUCCUGGCAUCAUUGUCAAGAUGUUGCAAGCAUGUGGAAAAUUAAGAGCUCUCAAUGAAGGAAAACAACUUCAUGGGUAUUCUUUAAGAUUUGGACUAGUUUCAAAUGCCGUAGUUUGCAAUUCCAUUAUUAGUAUGUACUCUAGAAACAAUAGAUUCAAACUAGCUAGGGCAGUUUUUUAUUCGAUGGAGGUUCGUAAUCGAAAUUUAUCGUCUUGGAACUCGAUAAUUUCGAGUUAUACGGACGAUGGCUGUUUGAGUGAUGCAUUCGAUAUUAUCGUCAAAGAAAUGGAGUGUUCUGGUAUUAAACCUGACAUUAUAACUUGGAAUUCGGUUUUGUCGGGCUAUGUUCUUCAGGGGUCAUUUGAAAUGGUUCUCACUAGUUUUCGGAGCUUGUGUAAUGCAGGCUUUGAGCCAGAUUCAUUCUCGGUAACUAGUACUCUAAAAGCAAUUAUUGAGUUAGGUUUCUUUAAAUUAGGGAAAGAAAUCCAUGGUUACAUAAUGAGAAGUAAUCUUAACUGUGAUGUCUAUGUUUGUACUACAUUGGUGGAUAUGUAUGUUAAGAAUGAUUGCUUAGAAAAGGCUCAUGCAGUGUUCCGGCACGCAAAGAACAAAAAUGUCUGCGCCUGGAAUUCUCUGAUUUCAGGUUACUCAUUCAAGGGACUGUUUGGUGACACCGAAAAACUAUUGAAUCAGAUGGAGGAGGAAGGGGUAAAACCUGAUUUGGUGACAUGGAAUUGUUUGGUUUCAGGUUAUUCAAUGCGAGGCCGGAUCGAGGAAGCUUUGGCUGUGAUGAAUCGGAUCAAAAGUUUAGGAAUUACUCCUAACGUGGUGUCUUGGACUGCUUUGAUAUCAGGAUGUUCUCAAAACGGGAAAUACACAGAUGCCCUACAGGUUUUCAGCCAAAUGCAAGCUGAAAAUGUAAAACCCAACUCGACAACGAUUUGCAGCUUACUUUGUGCAUGUGCAUGCCCGUCUCUGUUGAAGAAAGGCGAAGAGAUUCACUGCUUUAGUAUGAAACUUGGGAUCGUAAAUGAUAUAUACCUUGCGACAGCACUUAUUGAUAUGUAUAGUAAAGCAGGAAAGUUAAAAGUAGCACAUAAUGUUUUCAGCAAAACUCAGGAGAAAACGCUUGCAUGUUGGAAUUGCAUGAUGAUGGGAUAUGCUAUACAUGGCCAUGGUGAAGAGGUAAUGAUUCUCUAUGACAAGAUGCGCGAAAAAUGCAUUAGACCUGACGCAAUAACGUUCACAGCUCUUCUAUCUGGCUGCAAGAAUUCAGGUUUAGUCGAAGAAGGAUGGAGAUACUUUGACAGUAUGCAUGAAGAUUAUAAUAUUAUUCCAACGAUUGAGCACUACUGUUGCAUGGUAGACCUUCUUGGAAAAGCUGGGUUUCUAGAUGAAGCUUUGGAUUUAAUCAAAACUAUGCCGAUAAAGCCGGAUGCGAGUAUUUGGGGUGCUCUUCUUGCAUCGUGCAGAAUUCACAAAAACAUUAAGCUAGCAGAGAUCGCCGCAGAGAAGCUUUUCAAGAUGGAACCGAAUAAUUCUGCUAACUAUGUGUUGAUGAUGAAUUUAUAUUCGAGUUUAAACCAAUGGAAUGACGUGGAGCGUCUUAAGCGCUCAAUGAUUACUUUGGGAAUGAAAAGCCCACCUGUUUGGAGCUGGACACAAGUUAAUCAGGGUAUUCACGUGUUUUCGACAGAUGGAAAACCACAUCCUGAAGAAGGGGAAAUAUAUUUCGAGCUAUAUCGAUUAAUUUCUGAGAUACAAAAUCUUGGUUAUGUAGCUGAUCUCAAAUGUGUAUGUCAGAACAUUGAUGACAAUGAGAAAGAGAAGAUUCUUCUGAGUCACACUGAGAAGUUGGCAAUGGUAUUUGGAGUGAUGAAAAUGAAAGGUGGAUCACCAAUUAGGGUUGUUAAGAACACAAGAAUUUGUUGCGACUGUCAUACAGUUGCAAAGUACAUUUCUUUGGCUCGAAAUUGCGAGAUUUUACUUAGAGAUGCUGGCCGUUUUCACCAUUUUAAAGAUGGAAAAUGUUCUUGUAAUGAUUGUUGGUAA